AUGUGGCCCUCCACCCCGCCCCCGGCACCCUCCACCCCGCCCCGCCCCGGCACCCUCCGUCCCGCCCCCGGCACCCUCCGUCCCGCCCCCGGCACCCUCCGUCCCGCCCCCGGCACCCUCCAUCCCGCCCCCGGCACCCUCCACCCCGCCCCCGGCACCCUCCACCCCGCCCCGGCACCCUCCACCCCGCCCCGGCACCCUCCGCCCCGCCCCGGCACCCUCCGCCCCGCCCCGGCACCCUCCGCUCCGCCCCGGCACCCUCCGCCCCGCCCCCGGCACCCUCCACCCCGCCCCGCCCCGGCACCCUCCACUCCGCCCCGCCCCGGCACCCUCCGUCCCGCCCCCGGCACCCUCCGUCCCGCCCCCGGCACCCUCCACCCCGCCCCCGGCACCCUCCACCCCGCCCCGCCCCGGCACCCUCCACCCCGCCCCGCCCCGGCACCCUCCGUCCCGCCCCCGGCACCCUCCACCCCGCCCCGCCCCGGCACCCUCCGUCCCGCCCCCGGCACCCUCCGUCCCGCCCCCGGCACCCUCCACCCCGCCCCCGGCACCCUCCACCCCGCCCCCGGCACCCUCCACCCCGCCCCCGGCACCCACCGCCCCGGCACCCUCCGCCCCUCCCCGCCCCGGCACCCUCCGCCCCGCCCCGCCCCGGCACCCUCCGCCCCGCCCCGGCACCCUCCGCCCCGCCCCGGCACCCUCCGCCCCGCCCCGGCACCCUCCGCCCCGCCCCGGCACCCUCCGCCCCGCCCCGGCACCCUCCGCCCCGCCCCGGCACCCUCCGCCCCGCCCCGUCCCGGCACCCUCCGCCCCACCCCGUCCCGGCACCCUCCUCCCCGCCCCGUCCCGGCACCCUCCUCCCCGCCCCGUCCCGGCACCCUCCUCCCCGUCCCGGCACCCUCCUCCCCGCCCCGGCACCCUCCUCCCCGCCCCGGCACCCUCCUCCCCGCCCCGCCCCGGCACCCUCCGCCCCGCCCCGCUCCGGCACCCUCCGCCCCGCCCCGCCCCGGCACGGCCUCCGCCCCGCCCCGGCACCCUCCACCCCGCCUCGCCCCGGCACCCUCCGCCCCGCCCCGCUCCGGCACCCUCCGCCCCGCUCCGGCACGGCCUCCGCCCCGCCCCGGCACCCUCCACCCCGCCCCGCCCCGGCACCCUCCACCCCGCCCCGCCCCGGCACCCUCCGCCCCGACCCGCCCCGGCACCCUCCGCCCCGACCCGCCCCGGCACCCUCCGCCCCGACCCGCCCCGGCACCCUCCGCCCCGACCCGCCCCGGCACCCUCCGCCCCGGCCCGCCCCGGCACCCUCCGCCCCGGCCCGCCCCGGCACCCUCCGCCCCGGCCCGCUUCGGCACCCUCCGCCCCGGCCCGCCCCGGCACCCUCCGCCCCGGCCCGCCCCGGCACCCUCCGCCCCGCCCCGGCACCCUCCGCCCCGCCCCGGCACCCUGCGCCCCGCCCCGGCACCCUCUGCACCUUUCAACAAUCUUGGCUCAACCAAGAUAAACAUAACAAAUGAAGGUAGUUAUUACUGGGACAUCUUAGAACUCUCCUGA